AGUCAUUUCUGAUUUCUUGUUUAAUAGAAUAACAUGUCUAAUUCUCUGCCUGCCACCUUCGUCAAGGGCUUUCACGAUGAGGAGCAAGUGCGUCGUAUGGAGUACCGUGAACUGGGCUCCACAGGCCUAAGGGUGUCGAAGAUAGCCCUCGGAGGAGCCACUCUCUCGAAUCUCUUUGACGAUGACUUUGACCGCGAGGAGGGCAUCCGGACGGUGCACGAGGCUAUCAAGAGUGGCAUCAACUACAUCGACACGGCUCCCUUCUACGGAAAAUCAGAGGAGUUGCUGGGACAGGCCCUGAAGGAUGUGCCUCGAGAGGCCUACUACAUUGCCACCAAAGUGGCUCGGUAUGAAAGGGAUCCAGCCAAGAUGUUCAAUUACACAGGCGAGAAGGCGCGAGCGAGUGUAAAAAGAAGCCUGGAUCUUUUGGGAUUGGAUUCAGUAGAUGUCCUACAAGUGCACGACGUGGAUGCCGCUCCAAGCCUUGACAUUGUGCUAAACGAAACCAUUCCGGUUCUGGAAGAGUAUGUAAAGGCUGGAAAAGCCCGUUUCAUAGGAAUUACCGGUUACGAUGUGGACAUCUUGAAGGAGUGCGCUGAACGUGGAAAGGGUCGCAUCCAGUUGGUGCUUAGCUAUGCUCGCUACACCCUGGUGGACAACACCCUACUGCGCCAUAUGAAGGCGUUCCGGGAGCUUGGAGUGGGCGUGAUCUGUGCCGCCGCCCACUCUUUGGGGCUGCUGACUAACCGCGGUCCGGCUGCCUGGCAUCCUGGCAGUCCUGAGCUUCUGGAGGUGGGCAAACGUGGUUCCGAGAUAUGCCGCCAGCGGGGAGUGGAGCUGGGCAAACUGGCCAUGUACUACACCAUGCAACUGGAUGGGGCAGCCACCUUCCUCAUCGGCAUACCCAACCGACAACUUCUACGGAUUAAUCUAGACGCCGUUUUGAACGGGCUCACUUCGAAUGAGCAGGAAGUCUUGAUAUACCUCCGAGAAAACGUUUUCACCAAGUCCUACAGCUGGUGUUCCACACUGGAGACGGUUAACAUGUUCAAGUAAUCGGAAACCCAACUGGAGUAAUGGAACAAAAAAAUGUAGUUUAAGUAAACAUUUAAUACAGGGUCUUUAAAAUAUAAUCAUAUGUAAACAAAUGAAUACGGUAAAAUAAAGAAUUUGCAUUCAAUAAA